GAUCCUAGAUUAUUUUCCAGCCUAGACAAAGUCCCUUGAUUAAGGGGGCAGCUGGAUUGGGACAUCAAAAUGCAAAGCCCCUAUUAUGAUGCAACCUUGUAUUUUAUGAGUCAAAGGGGAGGGCUGCCAUGGGAGGCGAGUACCCAAAAUGGGCAGUUGCUUAACCUGCCCGCAGCCCUGGGCAGUCGCGCCAGGGCAGUGAUGGGAUAAUCUCCAGGGACCUGUUUGUGGGGAUUUGGGGUAAGGGAUUUUUACACCAUGCAGUGAUGUACAGACUUUGUAACUCUUAAUGUAACCCAUAUAUUUGCCCCCGCUGUAGAUUUGUAGUGGAGUGGGCAAAUUUUUCAAGAUCAGAUUCAAGUGAAUUUGGAGGGUUUGGUCUUGUCCUUUCCUUAGUGGACAUGGAGGUAACCGGCUUCCAUUGUAAUCUGGAGACAUGCUAGUUAGAAAAGUCUUUAUAAGAUCUACACGGCUGGUUGAGCACUGGAACAGGCUACUUGGAGAGGGAGGGGAGGGGAGGUCUCUGUCACUGGGAGCUAAGUGCAUGUUUGAUGACCACGGGUCUGGGGUGAUUUAGACUGGGACAGUCCUGCCUUGAGCUGGGGGCUGGGCUAGAAAUGGCCUUUUGAGGUUCCUUCCCCCCAUGCUUUUAUGGUUCCAAUACAGGCAGGGGUGCCCAUGGGUUACUUCUAUCAUAGUAACACUUAGUGCUUACAGAACCAUCCCCAUCUGUAUGUCUCGGUGCUUGUCAAAAGAGGCUAGUAUCAACCUUUCGUGGAUGGAGGAGCUGAGGUACAAAGAGAGUGACUUGCCCAGUGACCCAGCAGCCCAGUGACCCAGUGAGAAAUUGAGCCCAGGUGCUAUUCCAGGGGUGGGCAAUUAUUUUGGGCAGAGGGCUGCUUACUGAGUUUUGGCAAGCCAUCGAGGGUUGCAUGAUGGGCAGCCAGGGGCAGCUAAAUAUUAAUUUUCUAGAAUGGCCUGGUGGGCUGCAUUUUGCCCACCCCGUGCUAUUCAUUAGGCUACACUACCUCCUUUGUUGAGGGGCUGCCCAUCUUGGUCACUGCACAGAGGUGGAACAAAGAUGAUUCCUGCCCUAUUGACUUUGUGAUCCGCUUUUGGGGACCGGUGAGGGAAACGCCUUGUGGAGUAGGCUUUGCGUUUGUGCUCAGUCUUAGUUUACCAGACCAAGUAAGAGUCCAGUGUGAGGGGCUUACGGGAUCCCUUUCUAAACCCCAUGAUGGAUCCCCACAGGGACUGGCGUCCAGGAGGGAACAUACAGAUCAACCUCAAAGAUUCCUUUGGUCUCAGCAUCUGCAAGGUAAGACCUUUUCCUCAGCCUUUGGGGAACAGAGGCAGCUCCCAUCUGCCUUCUCAGGCUGGUGGGAUCUGGCUUGAAAAUAGCCCUAGAUUAAGACCAGGUAAGUCUGGAGCACUGAGACUACGCUGCUAGUCAACAUGGCCUCAGCUUCUUUGUGCUCCCUGUCUGCAACCAGCUGUGGUCUUACACUUGGGGCAGGCUCUUUGGGGUGGGAGCUGUGGCUUUGCUGUGUGGCAGCAUGGUGCCCAACACAGCAGCUCUGGUCUGUGCCCAGGGCUCCAGGGAAGAGCCCCAGGCCUUGAUCUAUGGGCUUGGGAACGCAGAGAAGGCCAUGCCCCAGCUGUCUUGUGAUGUAAGAGGAGCCUCCCGUGUCACAAUGCAGAAGGCUCUCUGCCUCCUGUUUGCCUUGCUCGCAUUGUGCCCUUUGCACUAGGCUCCCAGACUGCCAGGCGUACUCCUGGGAAUCCUCCCAAGCCUCUGCAAAGUCUGGGGCUAGGACAUGAACUCUCAGGAGACCCCACAAACUCGGAGAUUCCCCAUCGAGGCAGGAGAUUCCCCCAGCCUGGCAGCUGCUCCAGAAACCCAGGAGCCAGUUGCCACUGAGCACACUGCAGCAAGGCAACUGAGAAGAUGCCCAGGGUGCCACUGCCUGACGCUGCCCAACGUCCCCAUUGACGUCUACAUUGCCAUGGGUGGGAACCGCAGGCCGCGGACCACCUAGCGGUUCCCCCAAGUUGGACUCGAGUGCUGAGGCCACGGAGGCUGCCGCCAGCAACGCCCCGGCAGCCGGAGAACAGCAAAGGGCGCCACGCAGAACGGUGACGCACAUUUUAAUAAA